AUGUCUGACAACGACAAUGUACAAUCUCAUGUACCAUGUUCAAGUCUUAUCUGCUGGGCUGCUAUUGCUGCUCUGCUGCGAGCUAGACAUGAAGCAAGAUCAAGACAAAAAGGCGUACUAGUCCACUGUCUCGCCGGCGUGUCGCGCUCGGUGACCAUAACAGUCGCCUACCUGAUGCGAAAAUGCUGCCUGAACCUGAACGACGCGUUCAACGUGGUGCGCGCCCGCAAGUCCAACAUCGCGCCCAACUUCCACUUCAUGGAGCAGCUGCACAACUUCGAGAAGGAACUCAACCUCGACGUGUCUUCCAAAUCGCCCGCGCCGCUGCUCGAGCAGAUCAAGGCCGAGCAGAGGAGCCGCUCCGGCAGCAAGGCGUUCCAGAAGAAGAACGGCAUCUGCCAGAACUGCGGCCUCACCAGCGACUGCAAGUGUCGGCAGCACUCGGACUUCCUCUCGCCGCUCGCCUCGAUCGGCGUCAGCCCCGACUCGGGCAUCGAGUUCGACCGAUGGGGCACGAGCACGCCGGGCGAAUGAGACAAUCGGGGGGGAUCUCAGUGGCACUUUUAGGGCUUUUCAAACGAGUCCCGUGUGUGUCGCUGAACUCCCUCCUUUAUUACCGUUUCAUUUUUCGCGUCUUCGUGUCUUACACAUUAGGUAUGUACAUAAAUAAAUAAAAAUGUUUUUUACUUUCGCGCGGUCCAAUUCAGCGUUAUAUCACUGGACUGCACAGGGUGUUGAAUUAUAACGCAAUUUAUUAUAUUUGUAUUAUAAUAAACAGGGUUUCCACUUUCUGGAAAAUCAAAGAACGUUGGUAUAAUUAAAGCCUCAUUCAUAACCUCGUAAUUAGUUUAAUAAAUUAGUGAUUUCAAUUAACUUAAAAGCUUGUUCACAACCAAAAAAUUAUUGGU